AUGGCAAAGAAGAAGUCACACAAAAGCUUCAAGUCCCUUUCAACUAGAAGCGAUUCCCACUCGGCGAAACCCCCCUCCAAAACUCAGAAAAACAAACCUAUUGAAGAAUCGACCGUCGGGCGAGAUACGAACGAGAUGGAGGGCAUUGAGGGACCUCCUGCGAAGAGACGAGCGUUGGGCACCGGCAAACUGAACGCUAGAUCCUUUGAAUAUCGCGACCUGCAAGACCGGACACGACGAAAGGCGGAAUGUCCUUCCAAUCCCGGGAAGAAGGGCCAAUCUAUGUGUAUUCGCGGAAAAGUACAAGACCGAGACGUGGCACCUAAUUGUGGUGGCUUUCGCCAUCGUUUUCAAGUUCGAAUCCGGGACCUCUCCCCUGUCGAAGAUGACCCCGAGUCAAAGGACGAUGAUCCGCAUUCUUCUCAGAACGACAACCACUUAGUGACUGUGAAGACAAAAGCAACCUGGAUGAGCCAGGAGGAAGCCAACGCUGCUGUCUUUUGUCUUGGACCUCUUGAUGCGAUGCCCGGUGCAUUUAUUGACAUCAGCCCAGAGGAACUUGAAAGGCUGAGCGAUGAGGAAGCGAAGCAGGAGAGCGAGGAUUGA